GACACUAAAAUCAGCUGCCAAAUACAGCGUAAUUGACCCAUCAAGAUACCAAAAUGCCACAUAUAAUAGACAUUAUCGACAUUACUUACUUUCAAGUGCAUGUAAUUAUAUUAUAUAACUACAUUAUUUUUGCAGCUUUAUAAGUGUGCUUACUUAAUUUUUCCAUAAUUUUGCUCUUCAGAAAUGGGCAACAAAUCUUCAAGAAAGAGACCGAAAUUCAUUAAAUGGUUUUGGUCUUUUUUUAUGAUGGCAGGGAUAAUGACAUCCACCAUUGGCCUAAAGACAAAUAGCAAUUUGUCUAACUACAAUGUGGCUACAGGAGAAAACAUUAGCCAUGGAUGUCAGUUCACCCCAGUUCCGUUUCACAUGGGUGCUUUGUUAAUUGAAUGGAUCUUCAGUCCUGCAGGCGGACUAAUGGCAGAAAACAUAAUCUCUUUUUUAAAUGACACAACUGGUCAUCGAAAUAUGUGUUUUCAAAUCAGGAUACAUUUUUCUUCUCUAAAUCCUAGAGACACUGAUGCUUCUUUAACCCUAAGUGACCUCAGAAUUACUAAUUCAGGCAUAUACAAACUUAAGGUGAGAAAUCCUAGCAGACUGCAAACCAAGAAAGUGUACCUAACAAUAAUGGAGAAGAUAUCCAAACCACUUUGUGGUCUGUCUAAUGACUUUGAGGUAGGCAGGGAUCUAAAACUAAAGUGCAGAAUCUUACCAGGAUCUCAUUUAUGGAUUUCAAAAUGGGAAAAAAUGUCUGAACAUUUGCCACACAGCACUAAAUUUGGAUUCCAUGGUUACUUGUAUAUAAAAAACAUCACAGAAAUCGACUUAAGAACCUUCCAAUGUGCUGCUAAAAACAAUAUUGGAAGAAGUCAGAAAAACUGUGAACUCCUUCUAUCCUAUCCUUAUAAGAAAGAUAACACUGUCAGAACAGUAGGGAUUAAUCAAUUUACAGCAAUGGGUAUUGGAAUACGACCCAUUCCUAAAACUGAGGCCUUUUCACCAAGCAAGGCAGGAACUGCAGUGAGUAAUCUCACCACAAUUAAAGGUCAAUGGUUAAAUCAGAUCCAUGAGCCAGAAUAUGGGAUCUCAUUGUCACAGAAAAUGGGAGGAAGAAAAGUCAGUAGAUUAAUUAAAGUCAACAAAGAAAGUGACUUUCCUCAGCCAGAACCUAAGAUGUCAUUACCUCUAAAUACAACAAGAACCACAGAUGGUACUCAAAACACAGUAAAAGUUGGAGGAUCCAGUCACCAUUUUCGAUCUACAUCAGCACUGAUGGCGGUAGCAUUGUUCUGUCCAGCAAUGGUCAUCGUCGCCAUCAUCACAGACACAGCUGUCUUUUGCUGCUGCAAAAAGAAACAAGAGAAUCAGUUUAUGACUGUUGGAAGACCUCCCCAUAAAUCAGAGCAAAUGAGGGCUCAUCACAAUUCACAGAUAAAUAAAAAAGCAAUGGGUGACGCAAAGGUAGAAAAGAUCUCAGUAAAACUGAACCAAAGAGAGUUAUCUUUUAUAGGAGAUUUUAAAGGUAAGAACUUAUGCACAGAAAAGCACAACAUAUUAAUGUUUAACUAAACUACUAUAGAUAUGUUUAUUUUAACAGUUGAUCGAAAUUCUUUUUGCAUUUUAGGUGUUCACAUUUCUAAAGAGAUGUACGUGUAGUGAAAGUGAAUUAUUCGUCAUUGUGACACAGCACACCACUGCACACACAACGAAAUGUGACCCUGAUGUAACUCAUCACCAAAGUGAACAGUGGGCAGCUUAUAAGCACCCGGGGAGCAGUGUGUGGGGACGGUGCCAUGCUCAAAGCACCUCAGUGGUAACUUGGCAGUUGGUGGACUUGAACCAGCAGCCACCUUUUCCCCUCUCAUUAACAACAGGCUUUUUCAAUCUAAAGAGCAACCAAUCUUAGACAUAGUAAGUUGAACUUUCUACAUCACUGAACAGAAAGUGAGCAGAGCUUUUAAUCUCUCUUAUUCUCAUUCACCCAGGUCAUAUUAUCCAAAGAGUUUAGUUGUAAGCAACUGAACUUCUUCUUGGAGCUUGAAAGACGCUUCGCUCCUCAACGGAGGACCUUCAUCAGUUUCUGGUUGAUGUAAGAGGGAACACUAGUAGUUUUCUAGUUGUGUUAUUUUGGUCAUAAGUGUGAUGUGAUGUAGAAAUGCAUAUUACAUAUUCAUUUUAUAACCCUUAUUGUUACUAAAGUUAUCAAUGAUGCGAUGAAACCGAUGAAGCCUACAAUGUGUUGAAUCUUUGCAGAAUUUGGAAAUGGCCAAUCACAACAAGCCCUGAAGUAUAGCUCGUGUUGGAAUACUGCUGUUCAUUUGAUAUACAGCACUCCUACUGUGGUUUUAUAUUUGGAACUACAAAACCCUAUAUUAGAAAAACAUGCAUAAGUGUACACACACACACACACAUACAGUGGGUAAGAAAGUAUUUAGACCCCCUUAUCAUAUAAGUUCAUUUGUUUUCCUCAUUAAUAUACACACAGCACCCCAUAUUGACAGAAAAACACAGCCAU